GUUUACUAGGUCAGUUGUGUCAUUGAACUCCUCAAGUCGUACUUGUUGCAGUGCUCAUUAUUUUUAAAUUUUAUAAAAUAAAAUAAUAUCUCAUCUUUGUUAGACUUGAGGCAAAAGCAUUAACAACACAAGCAUUGAAAAGUGUAAUACUGUUAUCUGAUAAAGACGAGGUGUUUUCACUUAUUUUAUUUGCUAAAAUUGAAUGCAUAUACGAAUUCAAUCAUUUUCUCCAACUCCACGUGUUCCUGUGGCGAAGAAAGAACAUUAACUACCUAGAUGAAUUGUAGUUCGUGAAUUAAGUUAGUUCCUGAAUUCCACACAAAAUGGUUAAGAAAGAAAGUACAGACUUGUUAACAGGAAGGCAACUAUAUUCUGGGCAAAAGUUGUCUUCAUACGAUGGAGAUGUACCCAAUGACCCAGCAAAUGCUGCUCCCUGUCCUCCAGAUGGGGGUUAUAAAGCAUAUAUAGUUAUGGUAGCAUCAUUUCUUACCAAUGGAAUUAUAUUCGGAGUUAUUAACUCAUUCAGUGUGAUAUUCACAGAGUUAGAAUACCAACUCAAACAAGAUGGGCUUGCUCAUGAUGUCAGUCGGGCAUCUCUUGUGGGCGCGCUGACAAUGGGAACUACAUUCUUCCUGUCGCCACUUUCUGGAGUCCUGACCGCAUUUAUGGGACUUCGGUUGACUGCUGUCUGUGGUGGAUUAAUAGCAACUGCAGGCUUAAUAAUAUCCUCAUUUGUCACGAAAGAUAUGAAUGCUCUUUGCUUUACCUACGGAAUCAUGUAUGGUUUAGGAGCGUCGUUUGCUUACACUCCAUCUCUUGCUAUUUUGGGCCAUUAUUUUAAGAAGAAAUUAGGUUUAGUCAAUGGAAUAGUUACAAUAGGUAGUUCGAUCUUUACUGUUUUUAUGGCGCCCCUAAUGGAAUAUGUUAUUAAAAAUUAUGGUUUACAUACUCUGUUUAGAGUCCUAGCUGUACUGACUUUUGGUAUAGCCUUAUGCGGUAUGUUAUUUAAACCUAUAGUUUUGGUCCCAACAGAACCAUCUAAAAAACAUGAUAACUUCCAAUCUUUGUUAAAAACAAUAUUGAGUGUCCAAAUGUGGAGAAAUAAAACAUACAAACUCUGGGCAUUGUCUAUGCCUGUUGCAUUAUUUGGUUACUUCGUACCAUAUACUUAUAUAAAAUCUUUUAUCAAGCAAAAUUUCGGAACAUCCUAUGAAAAUUUGCCUUUGCAAUGUAUAGCGGCUGCAUCUGGCGUUGGAAGAUUGAUAUUUGGUUAUCUAGCUGAUAAAAAGGGCGUUGACAGAAUAAUGUUACAGCAGAUUUCGUUUUAUGUUAUAGGUACUUUGACUAUUGUAUUACCUUUUGUCACUAGUUUUGAGCUUUUAGUGGCUAUUUCCUUAGGAAUGGGGAUUUUCGAUGGUGCGUUUAUUGCUUUAAUUGGUCCGAUAGCAUUUGAAUUGUGUGGUAGCAAAUUCGCCGCACAGGCAAUAGGCUGUAUGUUGGGUCUUGCAGCAUUUCCAUUAACAAUAGGGCCACCAGUGGCGGGACAUCUGUAUAGCAUUUAUAAUUCUUAUACCUUGCCUUUCAUACUUGCUGGUGUUUCUCCAAUAUUAGGGGCAACUUUGAUGUUUACUAUUCGAUUUUAUAAGCACAAAAGCGCAGUUGCGACGAAUACAAAUGGUCACCUGCCCUUAAAUGAAAGAGAUAUUGGUAAGUGAAAAAACACGGACUUCCGAAAUGACCUGCUAUAGAAAUUCCCAUGAAAGGGCCGAUUUGUAAAAUUAUGAUGUAACUUAUCAGUUUAUUACGAUAUCUCAAGUCGUUAAUAGCAAAAAUUGUAAAGUGUACCUUUGUGUAUAAUUAAAAAAAUAAACAAUUUAUAGUGGUGCUUAAUAAAAUAAAUGUGUCCUUAGUAAUACAAAACGAUUGUGCCAAUUGUAAGGUAAGAACUGAUACAUUGUAAACUGUGAUGGGUUUUUUAUGAAUGUUGCAUUGGAUGGUUUUUGUCAAUUAGUAGGAUGACUGAUUUAAACUCGUUUAUCAAUAGACAUUUCCUACUGGGUCUAAAAAAUCACUACUAUCUAUUGCUUUUAUCAAUGAUAAUGAAAAACAUAUGGUCUAUUGAAUGUAACAUAUUUUCUAUUGUAGUUAGUAAGGACAUAGUGGCAAAUAAUUAAAUAAGUUUCUCUAUAAAUGUUUCGCCUCGCAAACUCAAUGCUUUAGAACUAUGGAUGAACUGUGACGAAAAUAAUGUAAGUGUUCGUUGGUUGAGAAAGUUAUAAAAACUAUAAAAAUUGUGCACUGUUCACAGAUUGAAUAACUACUAAAGAUCAUCUAUAUUGAUAUAUAAAUAACGAUGGUCAUUAGGUAUUUUGCAGUAAAUUAUACAUUACCUAGCGUAUGAUUGUUAUCUAAAAGUUGUUUUACAUACAUUACAAGAACUGUCUCGAAUAUGUGCAUGUUAUUUACAUUAUUUCAUUGUUACUUUUUAUAAAAGUGACUUUUAUGAUGUUGUUUAUACACACUUCAAAACGUGUUAAUUCAUUAUAAAGGAGAAUAAUUUAAGUUUUUGACCUUGCUAUCAUAGAAGAUACUCAUACCUCGCAAUUAUCAUACUCGUUCGGUUAUAGUUUCUUUACUUGCAAAAAGUAAAUGCAAUUGUUUAUAGAAACUAUAAAUGAUUUCCUUUUCUAACUAUUUACAAUAAAAAAGUACUAAUUAUGACACUGUUUAAGUUCUUAAAAUGCUUUGAGAGUCAAUACUUUUUUACUUGUGGCGAUUAGCGCGUAUUUCCUCCAAUAGCAAAACUCACAUGUUGUACAAGAAAACAUGAAAGUACAAAACUUGUUCAUAGUCUAAUACUCUAUUUACCUACUUAUUUAUGGAUAUUUUUUCCACACUCUUAAAGUGGGUGUCUAUUAUGUCAAACAUUUUAUGGUGCUUGUUUACUUUAGCUUAGAACAUUUGUUUAGUUCAGCAUUUACAAUUUUUUUACAAGACUGAUGAAAUAUCUUAUCUAUUGAUGAGAAAAAUCAAAACAAAAGAAUUCUUUAAGUUUCCUAGAUUGUUACACAACUCAAAGUAUUUAUGCAUAAACAAGUUGCUACAUCAAAAUUAAUUAAAAGCUAGCGACUAUUUAUCUGGCCACAGUCUAAAUAAAACGGAUUUAAAUAAAAUAAGACCAUACUUUCCGUACUUUUCUGAAAACCCACAACCACUUACCGCCGCGUCACACACAUCAUAUAGGGCUCUAUAGUUUUGAGUAUGAAAUUUGUUUUGUUAAACUCUGGCGUCUCUCUUCGUCUAAAAAAGAACCUUAUUAAGAUGACAAUAUAAAUACAAUAUAUUACAAUAUAUAUAAUAUAAAGAUUUAUAUAUAUUGUAAAUCUUUAUAUUGUCAUCUUAAGAACUAAAGUGUAAGAAAAUGUUAUGCAUUUGUAAUGAAGAUGCUGUUAAUUUUUACUAAUUUGUUUGUUUGUUAUUAACCCUAUUUUAUUACUUUUGUCUUUAUUUUGAAUUGGUUACCGAUUUCAAGUUCCUAAUAUUAACGUAUUUAAUGUUUGUAAAAAGAAAAGUUUAUUUUUAUAUUGAAAAAAAAAAUAAUAAUUUAAAUUUUAGAAUAAGUAUAUCUAAGAGAAUGAUUGUGAUGUGAUGAGUAUGUGAUACCUUCAUAUGAAUAUUUUUUUAUAUGAAAGACAAUAAUGUUUUAGUACAUGUUACCACUUAAAAAAUAUCUAAUUCAAAUAGUGUAGAAUCUCGAAUCGAUUUAAUAUAAUCACGAUGAAUUAUAAGCAAAUAGGUAAAAAUUACAAAGAAAAUCAUAACAUUAUGUAGGUGCUUAACUAAUAAACCACAACAUGAUAUCUUUUUUUUUUUAAUUUUCAACCAAUAAAUAAAUAUUCUGGCUUGCCACUUCGGAUUUUUUUCUUUAAUCUUAUGUAAUAUAAACUCUAUUUUGUUAAAGUAAAGCUCUUUUUUUAAAGUAAAUGCUUAUUCAUAGAUACUGCGCACGUAAUUUAAUUAUUCCUAAGUAAACAAACAAUUUGUAAAUAAGAAAUGUCAUUUUAAGUGUUAAUUUUGAAACCAUGGUAAAUAUUGAAUAAUUUUUGCACAGUAUAGAUAAAAUAUUCUACUUUAAAAUAUUAAUACAACGAAAAACAGAUUUUAAUGAAAAUAUCAUUUCAUUUAAAAAUAAAUUCUAAAAUAAUUUUUCUGAAAACUGCUAAGGUUAAGUAGGUUUCAAAUAUAAAUCGUUAUUUUUAAUAGCAGAGUUCAGAAAUGUAAAAUAAUCUUGUACAAAAAACCUAAAAAAUAUGUUAUUUUUACUUUUUAAACUUUAUGAGCAAACUGGGCUAUGUAAAUGCUUACAGUAAAUAUUUAUAUAUUUUUAUGUUGUUUGUUCUUGGGUUAAACAUACUGCGAAGUAUGUUUUCUAUUUGAAACGUAAUAAAUGUCCUUCAUCCGAUAUAUUAUGUGACAAUGGUUUAGCAUUAAAUAUUUAUAAUUUUUUAUCGUACCUUUAGCUGUACAAUGUUUAUUUCAUAUUUUAAUGAUUUACCCUAAUAAUCGUUUUCAUAUGUUAAACUUGUCACCUAAUACGUUUACCUUAAAUCAAUGAAUUACUAUAUUUUAUUAAUAUAUAAUGUUAAAGAUAAAAUCUGUUAAAUUUUUACUGUGAUAGAAACCAUAAUCGAAUAUUUUUAUUAUCAAACUAUUUUAGGUAGGUAGAUUUUUAUCUUUCAAAUCAUUCAAAAUUUUAUUAAAUAGAAAAACUAUAAUUAUAAUAAUAGGUAUGUAAUAAAUAAAAUUAUUGUCAAAAAAUGGAUUUUGUUUAAAAAAAAUUUUGUCUCGUACUUAAUAAACCGUCAUCGAUACGGAUAAUAUAGAUGAGAGCUUCAAAUAUUUCAUUCAAUAUAAUGUUUAAGUCAUAAUUUUACAUUCAGAUAUCCCUUUUUCAAAGAAAAUGAAAACAUUUUAUAACUGGACAAUUCAGUUUUUUUUUGGAUAAUUGUGUACUUUGACCUAAUAAAUACCAAAACUGAACCACAAUCAAUAUUGAACAUUUUCAUCUUUAAAGAUUUUUUUAGAUGUAAAGAAAUCCUUAGUUAAGUGUAACUCUAUGUUUAAGCCACAAUUUUAGUAUGACUAUCAAUUACUUGAAUAAAUAUAUUAUAGUUCAACGUAAGAAAAAUAAAAAGAAAGAAACACUAGAACUAGCAUGCCCAUAUCAUUAGGCAUUUAAGAGGCCGGCUUUGAGGUCGAUACAGGUAAUUAUUAAAAAUAAUGUUACUUGGGAACUGAAGAAAUAACGUCUUCUAUAUUGGACAAAGUAAGUUUCUACUUGUCGCAUCAGCGAUGUUAGAGAUUUCAUGUAAUCUGUGUUUCCUUUUUGGUUCUGACAUUAGUCGCCAUCUCCAGGUAGGUAAUGUUUUUAAAUCUGUGGCCGCGACCCUUUAAGACCAAAAAGUUAAAUAAGAUUGAAUUUUUUUAAAUUAAAUAAGUACGUAUUUUAUUUACAAAAUAUAUCUCGAUACAUAUUAAGUAGGUAUAUUAAAAAUACAAUAUUUUGUGUACAUUGCAUGCAGUUUGUGUUUUUUAAUUUCACUAAGAAUAUUAGCAUUAAGUAUUAAAGUUUUUUUUAAUGA